AUUCUAUUUGAAUAAGAUUUCAAAACUUUUAGAGAUGAUAGUUUUGCGUUUACUGGUUAUGGGUGCGCUUGCGUAUGUGAGCGUGGCAAAAACCCGGUACGAUUUAUCAGGAGAUAUAAUGCAGGGGUAUGACGCUAAAGUACGACCGAGUGACAGCUACAAUAACUCGGUAAAAGUCGUGUUUAAGCUUGUGUUUAAUCAAUUACUUGACGUGAGCGAAGUCAACCAAAAAAUCGAAACGAAACUGUGGGUUUAUCACAAGUGGAUGGACCCUCGGUUAAGCUGGGUGCCAGAGGAUUACGAAAACCUGGAGUAUAUAUAUCUACCUACUACUAACUUGUGGCUGCCGGAGUUGGUUCUGUAUAACAACGCCGAUGGUGACUUUGCUAUUUCUCAAUUUACGAAAGCAAAAGUGGAUUAUACUGGAAUGGUAGAAUGGAAACCUCCGGCAAUUUUUAAAAGCUUCUGCGAGAUUAUGGUGGCAGAGUUUCCAUUUGACACACAAAACUGUACGAUGAAAAUUGGCCCUUGGUCGCAAGGACAAGAUUUACUGGACAUGGUAAAUUCAGACUGGGAAGUCAAAGACCACAUGUGCGAGCCCCCAGAUGAAACAAUGUACGAGGAAAGCGGAGAAUGGUUGAUUCUUAAAACUGGUUGCUGGAAGCAUUACAUUAAAUACGAUUGCUGUCGAGGGCCGUACGUGGACAUGACUUACUACUUCAUAUUGCAAAGACGGCCUCUAUAUCUUGUUAUCAACAUUCUCUUUCCUACAAUGCUGUUUUCGUAUCUAACCUGCGCUGUAUUCUAUCUGCCAUCGGACGCUGGCGAAAAAAUAACACUCAGUAUUUCGCUUCUGCUUUCACUGAUUGUGUUCUUGCUCGUUAUUGUUGAAGCGAUUCCCUCAACCGCUAAUGGAGUCCCAUUGCUAUGCCAGUACAUUCUAUUUACUAUGAUAUUGGUUUGCCUCUCUAUUAUGAUAACAGUCGGUGUAUUGAAUGUACAUUACCGUGGGCCUGCAACACAUGUCAUGUCGGAUCGGAUGAAAAAGAUAUUCAUGGUGUGGCUUCCAAAAUUCAUCUAUAGCUCGACAAUGAAACGAUUGGAUCCUUACAAGGAAGAAAAAAUGUUGGCUGGCAGACCUCCCAAACCUUACAAAGAUAUUUCAGAUUUAUCUGGUCGUUCCCCAAAACCAGACGAACCACAUUUAAUUGGUAGCGACGUUAAAACAGCUAUGGACGGAGUAGAUUAUGUGUCAGAGUGUUAUAAGGACCAACGCGAAGGACAGCAGAAAGAAGACGAAUGGAAAUACGUCGCUAUGGUGUUGGACCAUUUUCUGUUGUAUAUCUUUAUACUGGCUUGCGUGGUUGGCACAGUCGGUAUAUUUGGCAAGCGGUUGCUUGAAUUUAUGUCAGAACAAGAGCUUUUUAAAAACCUAGGCAACGAGUGCAUUCUGAAAUGCCAAAGUGAUUAGGCUACUGUAAGACUGUAUUUUAGACGGAACGCCAUUCCGGAAGAUUCAUAGCGUAUAUAUUUGGAACCUAACUGCUAACUCAGAUUGCAAAAGGUUUAAUCGCUGUUAUCUAAUUCAAGCUACAGUUACUAAAAUUCAGCCCUUAGUUACUGACGUUGGUUACUGCAUGAUAUAGCAAUUUGUAUUAAUGCUAAAGUAAUAUGUCAGCUACACAUACAUAGUAACUUUUAGGAAUACACUUGGCGUUUUGGUUGCAUAAAAUGUACUGCAAAUUUGUAAAAAAUUAUUGGCGUAUCUGCUUUUUGGCGCACCAGACUUUACAAGGCGUAUGGCAACACAAAACAAACAUUAUGAAACGGAUGUACUGUCUGCCUUUUACAUGCAGUCUUGUGCUACCUAAGUAUUAUAUUAUAUCGAAUACGGGUAAUACAGCCUCGUACACAGCGUGUUCAUUACACUUUUUGUAAUAAAUGUACAAUUUUACU